AAAAAAACAGCAAUUAUAAAUUAGUAGAAAAUCACUGAACAAUAAGUUUGAUAGAAAAUGAUUGAUGUAAAAGGAUAUCUUAUGCAUAUGUCCUCAACUAGUAAACUUGGUGAUAGAUGGAGUGUACUUCAACAAUUUUAUGAAAAAAGGCUAUGGCACGAGUUGACAAUAGAACUUCUAUCAUUUAUAAAAGAUGAUUAUUUUAAAACAAAUAAAGGACUUAUUGAGAUUUAUGAGAAUUUCUUGUCAGAUUUUGAACACAGGAUCAACCACUUAUCUCUUGUUGAAAUGAUCAUCAUAAUAUCUCAAGAAGUAACAGAUUAUGAUAAAGCUACAGAACUGUUCAAAAAAACACAGGAUAAGGUAAAAAAUACCAAAGAAGCAAAUAUUCUUUGUUUAACUUCCAUUGGUCUUCUUCAUCUUAAAGCAAAUAAAUUGGAAGAAACUAAAUCUGUUAUAAAAGAAGCUCAAAAUCUACUAGAUACUUUAGAUGGGAUUACUACAGUUCAUGGACGAUUUUAUGAUUUGUCGAGUACAUAUUCAAAAAUAUCUGGACAGUUCAAUGAGUAUUAUCGUGAUGCUUUAAGAUUUUUGGGAUGUAUGGACAUCUCAACACUUGAAGAGAAAGACUUGCAACAACGUGCUUUUAAUCUUUCGUUAGCUGCAUUGCUUGGAAAUGAAGUUUACAAUUUUGGAGAAUUAUUAGCACAUGAAGUACUUCAGCAUCUAAAAAAGACAGAUUUUGCAUGGUUGAUUGAUGUUUUGUUUGCUUUUAACAGCGGAGACAUUCAAAAGUUUAUUGAUUUAAAACCAUUGUGGAGCAAACAGCCUGAUCUUGCUGUCAAUGAAAAUGCUUUGUUACAAAAGAUCACCUUACUAAGUUUAAUGGAGUUGACAUUUAAGAGAAAAUCAAAUGAUAGAAGCUUUACUUUUGAUCUUAUUUCACAAGAAUCACAUCUUCCAAAAGGAGAGGUUGAACUGCUUGUCAUGAAAGCUUUAUCAUUUGGACUGAUCAAAGGUUUUAUUGAUCAAGUAGACGAAGUUGUACAUGUGACUUGGGUUCAGCCUAGAGUUUUAGAUACAAACCAGAUACGAACAUUACGUGAUUUACUUGGCAACUGGAGUGAAAAAGUAAAGAACUCUGUUUAUUUGAUUGAAACUCAGGCUCCAGAAUUACUGGUUACCUGAUGCUGUGGUUGAAAAUAUUUUAUUGUCUGUUAGUUCUAGUGUGUUAAUAAUAUUUGAAACAAAAUGUA